UUAAGCUCCACCCAGCACCUGACAUUCCACUUUUAAUUCCAGUUUCUUUUCUAAGUCUCAGUGUAUUUAAUAUAAUAUAACCUAAUAUUCUGUGCAUCUUGAAAAAAAUCCUUAAAAAAAAUAUGGGGUUGCCCGGCGGCCAAUAGGAAUAUAAAGAUGAAAACAAAUAUUUUCUUUGAUGUUGCCACUCCUCUUCCUAAAAUAGUUCAACUCUCAGAACUGUUUCCUUUAAACAGUUGCUUGUAGGACGGGACGGACUUAUAACACAGGUGCACUGCUUCAAAUCAUCAUUGCACCUAAUGAAGAUGAGCACUACAAAAAAAUGAUUUCAUGUCCGGUCAUAAUUACCAAGACGAGGCUCAAAGUGGUGCUAGCGGUGCUGCUAACCGGCACCAUCACAUUGCUGUUUUUGAGCUAUUCAUCGUCAGAGUACUUUUUGUACCAAAGUCUUCAAGGAGAGGAUGACGCCGAGUUCAUGCGCCGCUUUGACGAAUCGGUCGAACCGUUUCUAAACGGGACAAACAAUCCUUCAUUGGAAGUUUUUGACUGGUGGAAGGCGAGUACGGCCAGUUUGUCACUGGACUUGAAAUUUACAAUCAUCACAUUUGCAGGCUCAGCUCAUCUCAUCUAACCUGUAUGUGUUCAUGCAUCAGACAUUGCAGCCGAGUGAAAAGCAGACCUUGGAUUCCUACCAGACAGUAGUGGAAAGCUUGGUGAAGACAUUUCCGGCCAUCUCCAAGAGACCGGAGCGCUGGAGGAAGUGUGCAGUGGUGGGCAAUUCUCCAAAUUUGAAAGGCUCUCGUUAUGGACGACUCAUAGAUAGCCAUGAUAUGGUGAUGAGAAUGAACCGGGGUCAAAUCAAAUCCCAUGAAGAAGACGUGGGCACCAAAACGACUCAUCGUCUCAUGUAUCCAGAGAGUGCCCAAAACUUAGACAACAUCACUCAUCUUGUGCUGACCCCUUACAACUUCAUGGACCUGGUGUGGUUACAAGAAGCCUUUACGACAGGUUACGUCAAAACGAUAGGUAACAUAGGUCCGUAUAAAAUUCAGGCCAACAAGAACCUAGUGAUGGUGGUCAAUCCAGGUUUCAUUGCAUAUGUUUAUCACAAAUGGAUGGGGAAGAGAGACAACAACUAUCCUUCCACGGGCUUCUUGGCCGUCAUUCUUGCUCUACACAUGUGUGAAGAGGUGAGUGUGUUUGGUUUCGGAGCAGACAGUGAUGGAAACUGGAGUCACUACUGGGAGAAAUACAAAUAUAAAAAUUUUGGAACUGGAUUGCACGAUGGGAAACGGGAGUAUUUCAUGAUCGAACAACUGGCUGCACGCAAAAAAAUUAAUUUCUUUAAAAAAUCUUCUCCAAUCACAAAAGAUUUGCCAAUGUGAAACACAGUGGAUCAUUUUUUUCAAAGCUAAAUGUAUAAAUGUAUGUUGCUGCUGUUCUUGUUUUUUAGAUUAAAAUAAAAGGAAAUACAAUUAAUGUAAUUUCGUUCAGUUCUUGCUAAAAAAAAAAAAAAGAUUUCUAGAAAAUGUGAAUUUUUUUUUCAUAGAUUUUUUUUUUUUUUUUUUUAAAUCAUUUGUACUCAGCAAAACUUACAAACAUCAUGAGAGCGCAAAACAUGACUGUGCCUAAUAAAUUGUCCUUUGUUGCUCUUCUGUGGGAAUUACUUUCAGUUUGCAAACAAAAUUUAACAGUGCCACCAAAUGACUGC